AUUGUGGUUAAGAGGCAAAGCGAGUGAAUUAAAGAAUCAUCUCAAAGCCUUGAUCAACGUUUUCGUGGAAAGAGCAAAACAGUACGUAUGUAUUACAUCUUAUCGCCGUCAUAACGUUGAUAUGGAACUCACAGACCAGUGAAGGCUAUCUACCAGAUAGCCAUUUUUUUUUAAAUUGUCCGUUUGAUUAGAAUAACCUGGAUUAAACUUCCGUAUUUAUAAAAUAAAAUUUAUUAAGUUUUUAUUAAUUGUCAGGACCAACAAUCAUGGCAAACAUUCCGUGGACACUGAGGUGCAAACUAAAGUAUUACUGUUGGCAUACACUUGUUGGCGUCUUUGCCUCCCCCGCUCCCCCCUACAAUGUUGAUCUUGACAUGCAUUUCGCAAAGCUUUCAACAUUGAGCCAGGGGGAGUGGGAAGGGGCAAGCCAAGGAUGAUAUUUCUAUUUCCGCCCGCGUUGUCCACGAUAAAUGUUGCCAGGAUUGUAGCCAUAUGGCUUUUCAAGCAUUUUUACAACCGGCUUCAGAAGGCAAAUGUGGAAUGAGGAACAUGCCAUAAAGGCCAUGUUACUGCGAGCACUGAUCUCCAUAUAUAUCUGAAGCGAGAACUCGAGUCCAAAAAGUGAAGUCAACAUGGCGGAAAUUGAAGAUCUGCUGGACGUCAGUUUUUUUGUCUGCGCUGUUAACAUGAAGCUGGCAAGGAGUGUGCCGAAAUUUCGUAUUUUGACCUCGAUUUAAUGAAUAAUAUAUAUACUAUGCAUGGUGUUACGAACUGAUAACUUGAUUAGCGUUAAGGCCAUUCUCUUUCCACAACCAUCUACGAUUAAAUAUGUGUAGUCUGUUUUUAAUUGUAAUCUAGCGACAGACAUCAAAUUUUACCAGCUGUCUAAUUCGUACAUAUUUGAUAACGUUACAUGUUAGGGAGAAAGAUGUUCUUAUGCCAGGAUACACACAUAUGCAGGUAAGUUUAUAAUACCAUUAUCUCUCCAUUAAACACGCUCUCAACUAAAAACCCCUUUUAUUAACCCCCUCUAUUAAGCUCCCUCUCCCCUCUGAGUAUUAAACCCCUUUUAUUAAACACCUCCUCUGCUAAGUCCUCUCUAUUAAGUCCCGUUCAGUGGAUUCUGAUUAAAUUAAAUGUGAGCUGUUUCGCAUGGAAAAAAGGCUUAAACCUAUAGCCUCUCUCUAUUAUAUCAUAUCCGCUUUGUGUCACUGAAAGCCACAAUAGGCGCACAUGAUGGUGCGCGAUAUAUAAAGUGCAGAACUCAAUAAGCGUAUGCAACUAACAACAUCUUCACGCAUGUCGCUGUCUUUCGAUUUGUAGAGGGCUCAACCAAUCCGGUGGAGUCAUUGGUUAUUGAGGUAUGUAAGCUGUUCGUAUGUUGAACAAAACAAUGGAACAAUGGCACUGACUAAAGCAAAGUGCAUGGCAUGAACUGCAUUUAUAGGUUUAAAAUAUUUGUAGGCUUAAGUCCGGGACACCGGAUCAUCAUUGGUGAAAAACAAUAUUAAGUUUCACCGAUGAAGAUUUGCGCUUGCAGGUCGAAGCGGAUUUUAACCACGUAAUGUUAACAGUGGUACACAUAGUAACUGAUUUCUCAGGACUUAUCAGUCUCUCAAACUCAUGAGUAUAUUAGCCAAUCAUAUUACUUUAUUAUGGAUACCUGGUGAAGUAUAUUGAUCCAGUCCUAGGACUGGAUCAAAAUUCAGUCCUUAGACUGGAUCAAAAUUAAUAUGAGAUGACAUCCCAAAUCCAACAAUUCGGACUUUGCCAGAUAUCCUCCAGUUCUUGUAGUUAGUUCAGUCGUCGGCACUAUUGCGCGGACUGGAUAUCUGGUAAAGUUCUCAUAGUCGGACUUGAUAUAUUACAUAACAAUCUCUUAUUGUGAGUAUGGCUUCCCUGACAAGUACAGAUCUUUACCAUUAGCGAAUCUAUUUUAAUUUUUUCAAUUAUUCCACCCUUUAGAAAUAUAAUUGUCUUUAGUCCAUCUAUUUGUGCACGUUUAUUUAUAAGACCAGUCGCCAAUGCUAGCUUCGCCAUUAUAAUCUUUACUACUCUUUUCUUACCCUUAGCUAUGCUUGGUCACUUAAACGAGAUUUUGAAAGAUUACAAGAUUUGACUAAGAGACUGAAUACUCUACCGCUUGGAAG